AUGGAAACAACAGGUGUUAGCGUUGAUCUUACGAGUUCUGAUAAUCAUGCGACUGGUAGUCCAAAUUCAUCAAACCCCACAUCACCGACGAUGCGGAGAAUAAGCAGUAACAGUUCUUCACCGAGAGCGAUGUCGUCUUCUCCGUUUCCGAUAAUUUGUUUCUUACAAGCACCUGUAACUACUAUAAUUGAAUACUCGGGUGUUCUUCUACCUAGGUCGAAUACCGAUUAUCACGAAUCAGAGAUCUUGAUUUCUAACCAUCAUCAUCGUGAUCAUAACUCGAGUGGUUCCAGUACUGCUAGUAAUAGAAGUAGUAAUGGUGAGAAUAACAAUGGGGAGGUUUCGAUUCGAAUAAUGGGUGAUGAAGACCAAAAAGAGGAGCGUGGUGAACCGGUUGCAGUGAACCAUGAAGAUGGCGGAGGAGAAAGAGAGGUGGCUCAUUCCGGUGAUGGAAGUGGUGGUAAUGGCGGGAGUAAUAAUAACGUGGAUUCAACAUAUCAACAACGGUAUGAUUUGCAACAGGUUUCAAGGUGGAUUGAAUAA